AUGGCUGCAUGGUUGGGACUGGAACAUGACGAGGGGGGCUGGGCCAUCACGGACAACGACGCGAUGCGGAGGGUCAUCAACGGAAUGGACUGCCCUGCCAAUCAGCACCCUUCCAUCGCGCUCUUUGUAGGACACACCGCCAAGGCGCAGGCGCUCCGAUCGCUGUAUCCGCAUAACAAUACUGGCCGUCACCGGAAGCAGGGUUGGGCUCAACUGCACCUGUCCGGCGCGGCCACAUCUCAUCCGGUUAUAGUCAUCGAGAGCAGCCUCUCGCGCACGUCCCCGCCCGGGCCAUCCCAGCAGGAGCCACUCCGGCGAUACCCCAUCCCCCGCACUCGGGGACGCUCCUACGAGGAUCUUCAGUCACUGCUGUACCGAGACGUCCUACUCCCGAUCGUGGACACCGUGUGCGUCUUCGCAGCCGACUGCGGCGGCAUCCGUCACGUCCAACACUUGCUCGCAUCGUGGGGCUCGCUACCGCCGACCGGUCUGGACGGCGCAGCGGCUUCCGUGCGUCCCCGUUGGGUGAUUGUCCUGACAGACCCCGACGAUGAUGCAGUCCCGGCGGGAGGGAUAGAAACCACGCUGCAGGCCACGGCUGUGCCCCAUCUCGCGGGAUCCGUCGCGGUUGUCGACCUGCGGCCCCGGCAGCCGUUGUCGCGGUUGAGCCGGUUCGAGCCCCUCCGGCGACGGCUGUCACUGGAGCUGGACGAGGUGCGCACGCUGCGUGCCAACGCACAUCUCCUCUUCUCCGCCCUCCAUCUGGAGUGGAUCUUCCGGGGACUGCUGCGGCACGUCGCGCAAGGCCCUGCGUCGCCAUUCAAUUGCAUCCAAGCGUGCCGUCCCCAGCACUUGGACGCUGAUGAGGUCGCUCAAUACCUCGGAAUCUUCCUGCAGCUCGCCGAGAAGACCCAGAUAGCGGACCCAUUCAUGGCAACCUUCAUUGCGUCGGCGUUCCUUAUGGAUGCAUAUCCGCCCGGAAUGCACAGUGAGUAG